CCGUGCGGGGCGCGCGGCGGCGGCUCCGGCGGGAUCGCGCCCCGCCCAUCCCAUCCCAUCCCACUUACCCCAUCCCACUUACCCCAUCCCAUCCCACUUAUCCCGUCCCGUUCCAGCCGGGCCGUCCACGCGGCAUCGCCGGGGGUCCCGAGGGAAGCAGCCGCGCAGGGGGCGCGUGUCCGGCUGCCCCGCCCGCCCGGCCUGGUGUCCGGGUGCCGCUGCGCACGGAGCCGCCGCCGGGGGCAACAGCCCGGGAACACCGCUGGAGGCUCCCCCGCAGGCGCCUGGGGAGGAGGACACGCUGGUUUUGGGCUCGGAAAUCCGUGUGUGGAGCCGCGGCCGAGCGCUCUGGGCGCCUGAUGUCACGGGAUGGAUUUUGAAGCCCUUAGGAAGUACUCGGCCCUGCACCCCAAGCCCGCCGGGCUGACCCUGCAGUAUGGCACCGCUGGGUUCCGCAGCAAGGCCGAGCAGCUGGAUCACGUCGUGUUCCGCAUGGGCCUCCUGGCAGGGCUCAGGUCCAAAGCCGUGACAGCGACCAUUGGCAUCAUGGUUACAGCGUCUCACAACCCCGAAGAAGACAAUGGUGUAAAGCUGGUUGAUCCUCUUGGAGAAAUGCUGCACCCUUCCUGGGAAGAGUAUGCCACACAACUAGCAAAUGCAGAGGAGCAAGAAUUACAGAAGGUGAUAACUGAGAUCUGCCAAAAAGCAGCAGUGAACCUGCACAAAGAUGCCUCAGUUUUUAUUGGCAGAGACACCAGGCCAAGCAGCGAGAAGCUGUCCCAGUCAGUUAUAGAUGGUAUCCAGGUUCUAGGUGGUCAGUACCAUGAUUAUGGUCUGGUGACAACACCACAGCUCCACUAUAUGGUCUGCUGUCAAAACACCCAAGGGCAGUAUGGGAAAGCAACAUUGGAAGGUUAUUAUGAAAAACUGUCCAAAUCUUUUAUGGAACUGAUAAAACAGUCUCACUGCUCUGGAGAGUAUCAGAGGCACCUGAAGAUUGACUGUGCCAAUGGAAUAGGAGCCCUGAAACUAUCAGAAAUGAAGCCCUACUUUCCACAAGAGGUGCUAAUUCACAUAUAUAAUGAUGGAACCAAGGAGAAACUCAAUCACUUAUGUGGUGCAGAUUUUGUGAAAGUUCACCAGAAACCACCUGGAGGGCUGGACAUGAAGCCCAAUGAGAGAUGCUGCUCAUUUGAUGGUGAUGCGGAUAGAAUUGUUUAUUAUUAUAAGGACACAGCUGGCCAUUUUCACCUGAUCGAUGGCGAUAAAAUAGCAACUUUAAUUAGUAUCUUCUUAAAAGAACUUCUUGCCAAGGUGAAACAGGACUUCAAGAUGGCAGUGGUACAAACAGCAUAUGCCAAUGGAAAUUCGACACGCUACCUCCAGGAAACGUUGAAGGUACCUGUGCACUGUGUCAAAACAGGAGUGAAACACUUGCACCACAAGGCCCAGGAAUUUGAUGUGGGUGUUUAUUUUGAGGCAAAUGGACAUGGCACAGUACUGUUUAGUAAAGCUGCUGAAACUAAAAUACGACAGCUGGUAAAAGAGGAGAAAGAUAAUGGAAAAAGAGAAGCAGCAAAGAUGCUUGAAAACACGAUUGACCUGAUUAAUCAGACUGUUGGCGAUGCUGUCUCGGACAUGCUGGUUAUUGAAGCGAUCCUGGCUCUGAAGGGUCUGACUGUGCAGCAGUGGGAUGCCCUCUAUGCCGACCUUCCCAAUCGGCUGCUCAAGGUCCAGGUCGCAGACAGGCGCGUUAUUGACACAACAGAUGCAGAAAGGCGAGCACUGACGCCCCCGGGCCUGCAGGAGAAAAUUGAUGCCCUUGUAAAGAAGUACAAACUGUCCCGGGCCUUUGUCCGUCCAUCAGGAACAGAGGACGUCGUCAGAAUCUAUGCUGAAGCAGACACACAGGAGAAUGCAGAUGCACUCGCCCAUGAAGUGAGCCUGGCUGUUUUCCACCUUGCUGGUGGAAAAGGAGCACCACCACAGCCUAUAUAAUGAAUGGCAGUUAAAGCACAUAGUUCCCCUUCUCUUUUAAUAUCACUUUUUUUAUCAUGUUCUGCUGGGCACAAAGCCAACCCUUCCUGGGAGUAGCAAGGAUUGAUCAGAACUGAGUGGAAUAUCACUCUGCUUAUUCUUAACCUCCUUUAGCAACUUACCUCUUAAUGAGAUACUCUUGCUGUUGAAUGUUCCCCUCCCCGUUUGUCUAACUUCUUGUAUAGCCACGGUCAUGUGCAGAAGGAAUUCUGCCCCUCCCUGCCCUAGCUUAGCUCAUUGUCACAUUGUGCCUGAAAUCCAAACCCACACCCUCAGAGCACUGGCCAUGGCUGCAAGACUGAAGCUCUGCUGUGACUGUGCUCACAGCAGCUGCUGCAGGAUCAUCAUCCCCACCUUAUCCCCAGUAGCCCAAUCGUCUCUGGGCAAACAGUGUAAGACAGAGGCUGUAACUUGUCUUCAGAUUCAGUUCACCUCAUUUUGAGGGGAAAACAAUAUAAUGAAAAAGAAUAUUUGCAAAUAAUAAUCUAUUAUUGCAAUAUUAUCUUCAUUUUAUGACAUGAUUUAGAAAGUGAUUUGCAGUAAUAGUAUUUAUAAUCACACUUGAGAGGGAAGGGACAGAGACAAGUUUGUCUUCUGUGGCCUUAAUUGCUUCCCAGCACCAUGAAGAGGCUGGGCCAACAGGAUGCAAUGUUUUAAACACACCAGUAUCCUCCUUGGCAUACUUUGGUUCAGGGUGUCUACCUCUGACAAACAGUUCAUUGUAAUCCUGUAUUAACUCCUGCCAUAAUAGCAUUUUACAGGUUAUUAAAAAAGCACAAGUUCCAAUAGAUCUUUAAAAAAAAGAGACAAAAAUAAACUGGAAACAAAUUGAAAAAAA